CUGACAACUUGCUAACAUUCUCCUUUCACUAAUUGAUCGUGUUCAUUAAAUAAGGAAACAUUAACAUAACUUUGUCAACUAUCGGUUUUACAAAUGAGAAAGAUACCCCAUUGCAAUUUCCGGAAGAACUAAUUUGCUCUGUUCUCUGUUCAACAGCUACUGGCUGCAUAUUUGUGGAAUUGCCGCAGUUUACUUUCUGCAAAGCAAUGACAAACUCAUUUUUGAAACAAGUUGUUACAGCUUUUGUUAGCUCUAUGAUACUGUUAAACAGUGAUUUAUCUAUACCGCCCGUUACUGGUGCCGCUCAAACGAACACUGCUGCUAAACAGAUAGCAGACUGUUUACAUGAGGUAUUCGAGAAAAAUCUCGGAUUCAAACAUCUACAGAAACUCUACGAUUCACUUUCUUGCGCCAAUCAAGACGUCGACGCCUCAAAAUUGCUUCACAGUAUAACUGAAUCCGCCUCUGCACGAUUGAACGCUUCUGUAAGGGUUUUGAAGGAUCACAGUAGAAGGUUACAACAAGUUUCAUCAGAAACUCAAAAAGUAAAUAUUGUCAGAUGUUGUCGCGGACUCAACGAUACAAGUGGCUCUUCUCACUUUAGUGAUAAACUUCGCUCACUCGUGGAUCUAUCUACAGGCUGUUCUAUUACUCAAUCAUCUUUACAAAGCGCACAGAACAAUUCCAGACUCAAUAAUGAGUUAUUAAAUGGGUUUAAGAGGAACUUUAACAAGUCUUCAAUCGUGGCGUGGCAAUAUUACGGAUCCAUAGAUGGCGAGUAUUUACAGUAUCCCGCGAGUACACGAUACUGUAAUGGCAACACUUCAAAUUUCGACCCGAGGUUCAAAUCAUGGUACGUGGAAACAGCUUCACCUGUUAACAAGAAUCUGGUCAUUAUUAUUGAUCGCAGCGGUUCAAUGUCAGGGACGAGAAUGAAGCUGGCUAUUGAUGCAGCCCUUACAGUGUUGGACACACUCUCACCGCAAGACAAUGUUGGUAUCUUAGCAUUCUCGCACAGGAUCCAGACUCCCUCUGGUUGUUUUGGUACCACAGUGGCAGCAGGAAUUCCUGCUAAUUUAGCUAAAUUAAAAAAGUGGGUCCGGGAACUUAGAGCGCGUGGAUAUACCUAUUACGCCCCAGCUUUCAAACACGCCUUCGCCAUGUUUCAAAAUGUCACCAGAAAUCAGGGUUCUGGGAGAAGUAACAUCAUCUUGUUUCUCACGGAUGGUAAUCCAAAUGAUGCUGAUAAAGCACAAAUAUAUCAAGAAAUUGAAGAAGGGCAGGAAAGAUUGAACAUGACAGUCCAAAUAAACACGUACGCCCUUGGUGUUGGCAUAUCUUCUAAAGGCCUCAAAAGACUACAAAUAAUCGCCUCCAACAAUAGCGGCGUAUUUUUCGAAAUCAGAGAUCAACACAGAAGGGUGUUAAAACGAAUCAUGGGAAGUUACUAUACAUCCAUCGAGUCUCCUCUUGGACAGGAGCCCAGACUCUCUGUGCCUUACAUUGACUCGAGGCUUGGUGUUAUGGUGACGAUGUCACUUGCACUGACUGAAAAUGGAUCAUUUAAAGGAGUGCUGGCGUUAGACCUGCCUCUGGAGCACCUUUUCAAAGAGGCCCUCCAGAUGUCGUCUCCCUCGCUGUCCUAUGCUAUACUUGUAGACAAGGAAGGUCGCACUAUUUUGCACCCAUCUCUUCCUGGUCCCACUGACACCACAAGCAGCCGCUCCUUUUUACCACUGUCUCUAUUUGAGAGCGGGCUGCCUCCUGACGUCAUAUUGAACAUAACAAGCGGAGGUUCCGGUCACCAGCACUUUAAUGUAAGUAACUUGAUUUUCACAGGCCUUACUUUUUUACAUGACAAGGCAACACUUUUACGUGGUAAUAGCCAUUUUCUAAGAAAACUGGUAUGUUCCACGUCCUUUCUGCGAACACCUCUCGCUCUACAAUCAGUACAAAACAGUGCCAAUUCAUCUUUGAAAGCUGGGUUUCCUGUGCCACUUGGUGAUCAGUCUACAGAUGGAGCACACAUAUUUCACACUAACGCCACGUACCUCUGGUCACCAGUAGGAAACAGCGCUUAUUCCAUUGUCUUUGUGGUAGCUGAUGGACAAUCUGUUACAACAGACUUAACGUCGUUUAAAGAUAAUGCGCAGAUUUCAUCAUCGUUCUAUCAUCGCUUGGAUUUGGUGUGGAACGAUACCACCUCCCAUCCUGACGAGGUCUGCAGUUUGAGAGAAAAUCUUCUCAUUUCUCCAAUGUCGUCCACUGUAAAGAUAGCCCCAGUUGCCUUCAACGAUUCUGAUGAAUAUGUCUAUAGGACGGAGACCCUAGAGGAUGUGCAAGAUAUCCAACGGUUUUUUAAUGACAACACUUCUCAAGCUCAAUAUAAAGGUUUCAGUAAAGCAGUUCGCGCAGAAGUGAUACUUACUUCAGAGUUAGAAGAGAUCUGGCGUAGAGCUGACUUUACAAACCCGGAUGUAGUUACCUGGAGGUUUGUUGGAACUGAACAAGGAGUAUUAAGAACAUAUCCUGGUCUGCGACUGCAAAAGACGUAUUCUCACCGACAACAGUCUUGGUAUAGGCAAGCAGCGUCAUCUCCGGAGAAACUAGUGGUAUCAUUGAGAACCUCGGUUUAUGAGCAAGACAGAAUGUUAAGCUUUAGCAAAGCUAUACGAAAGACCAGGCAAGUCUUGUUGUUGCCAACAAAAUCUCUGUUAUUUCUUUUGAUGCGCAGCUGCGAAGGUAGUCAGUUGGGAGACUUGCUAGCGGUUAUGGGAAUGGAGAUGACCGAAAGUGCUUUCUUACAGCUUAUUACUGAUAAUGUUGAUUUGAAUGAAGAUACAAACAUGACUUGGUACGUUCUCGAACGCAGCGGACACAUCGUGCUUAAUUUCUCAAGUUCCACUAUUUUACAAGCUCACAAGAAACAUAUAACAGAAGUUAUUCCUUGGCUGGCAAAUGAAUUAAUCAAAAACGAAAAGAUUCUUAAGGCUUCUUGGUGUAAUGAUUAUCAGCAGCAUGCAGUUGAAAUGUUUUAUGAGCUCUCGGACCUCAAUGGUGCAUCUUCAAACAGUUCCGAUCCCUGUCGUCAAUUCAAUAUAAGCCCAGUGCAAGGCACAUCUCUGUUCUUAUUAGGACUGCCAUCCAGGAAUGUAAAUAACUGUUCUGAUAGCGCUCUCACAUCCAACGAGGAUUGUUUUUGUGGGAAGUUCUGUAAUGUUUGUUCGAUUGACGUCAUGUUAAACUGUCAGUGUCCUUGCUCAUGUCAUAUGUCAUAUGACGAGUGCGACAAUUCUGUUACAAGACUUUGGACUUCAUUACCUUGCCCCGUCCCAGCUCCUCCGCUGUUUGACACAGAAAAAGAAGACAAAGCUUUGCAGGAGGCGCUUGCUACAGUACCAAGAUGCGCACGGGAUUGUCUAAAAAUAGGGAACAUGACUGAAUGCCAGAAAACUGUAGGCUGCCACUGGUGUUUAAACGAAGAAAGUCCAUCAUGCAGUUCAGGAUGCAGAACAGGACAAAGUUUAUCGAUGUACGUCCUUUUUCCUUGCCAGAACUUGAUGAACUUAUCUACUGGGGAACAAAAUAGCCUAAAAUACCUGUUUAAGGAAGCAAUAAUACGACUUGUUCCAAAACUCUCCGCGCUAAACAUUGAUAAUUUACAACUACAAAAGGAUGGAAUUAAAUUCAAAUUGUAUGGAACUACCUCAAACAGUGACCUGAAGACAUUGCAAGAAAAUAUCCAACGCUUGGUUAAACAAGGCAAAAUUGUACUUGAACCUGAUAUAGACUUACCUGAGAUUUACUCUGCCAGGAGUACCGAGCACUUUACAGAUCUCCAUAUUUUAUUAACCUUGGACCAAGCUCUGCCACAGGCCUCACAAGAAAUGAGCGCAAACAUAGAGACUCAGUUGCAGUCUAUUCUGGUUACAUUGUUGGGCAGGUCACACGUCAGCAGAAUCCGUCGCUUCAAGCUCUACAAUGAGACGUCUGUACAGUUGUCCUUGAGCAACGAGGGUGAAAUCGACAGGUAUCCAAUCCAGAACUUGACAGAGAGACUUGAAGCAGCGGUGACAAUUGGACAAGUCUUUUUUAACGCUCCUUUUGUUCCUGGAGAAGCUGCUUCAGAGAAAAUUCUUGUUACAAAAAUGUUUGCUCUUGCUGGGUUUGAUUUUCUGUGUGAUCCAUUCACACCUACACCGCAGACCACUCAACAAGUUUACAGCAGCACAGAGUGGAGUACAACCACCUCUCCUACGUACACUGAAAAGGAAAGGGAAAAUAAACAAGGUCUUACUCCAGUGGAGAUAGCAGUAGUCGUGACAGCAUCUGUUCUCACUGCCUCUUCCUGUCCCUGUAUUUUAUUUAUAAUGUUGACAAAGAGAAGGAAUAGGACAAGGAAAGGAAAAGUGUGUCCUGAUGGAGGUCCUGACGAGGACCCACCGUCUGAAUUAUCAGACCUGUCAGAAAUAGACGCAGAUAUGAACAUUACUGUUAAUCGAACUUAUUGUACUCAUGAGCCAAUUACGAGGAUUCAGCUGACGCCAAGGGAAGCUUGGGCCAGAGCAAAGCAACUUACUAUUCCAGCGCCAAAAAAUAUUCCAGAAGGAGCGUGGUUUUGACUUCUCGUUGCAGCUGGUUAGGUACCACGAUGGAGGUCUAAUCAAACACGCGCAGUAUUCAGAUCAAUAAACAGCCACGUGAUUUGGAAUUCACACGUACAUACGUUUAGGUGCAAGUUUGUUACAUGUUCCUCAGUUUAUGAUGUUGUCGUUUGCCAAUGAAUUUCGUUAGAGAAUUCUUCUUUCCAUUCUGAUUGCAAAAUUUUACUAGUUGAGCCUACUAAAACUCAAAGCAUGCUUACAAAACAGGAGCAGAAGAAUUGGAUUGCAAGGACAGCAACGACACAAGGCGGCUUUGUAGGUGCCACACAAGCAUAGCCAUAAGUACAAGAAACCCACUUGUAAAGCAAGCACAAGAGCCUUGAGCUGAUUUAUAGCUGUGUUAUGUUUUUCUAAAUAUUUAUUUAACAUACAGACGUCUCAACACUCUUUGAAUAGAACCGAGUAUAAGCCUUUCUGAGAGACCUAUAUCCUUUGCUUUACUCAGUUCAAUGAAAUGUGUUAACGUGCAGCUAACCCUAUUGCAACAUCCCCUUUUCCUAUGUGAAGUUUUGUUCCAUUCCAUUCCUUUUCUUUAGGAAUUGUGCUACACUCGGAGCCUAUCUCCUCCUACCCUUAUACAAUGAUCUCGCAACAUUUCCUCCCAGACCCCCAAAAUGCUCUCUGAUGCGGUCUUUCCUUAAAGUGGGCUAUAAAACUGGCCUGCCCAACCCUAUAAGAUGGUGUCAAAACCCAUGUUUACCGCUCAGGGAAGUUUCCUUCAAGUUUUGCUAACGAUUUCCUCCCUAGACCCCAACAUAUUACUUUCUGCUGGAGAGGCCACUUAUUAGUCGCCAAUCACAGAGCUAUCCCGGAGAGAAAUUGCCCCGCGCCUCCAAGGAUCGAGAUGCUUGUGCAACUUCUCUGGAAGCAUAAAAAUAUGUUAGCCAUAAGUCCCCAACUACAAGUUUGUCUUGUGAUUUGAUGAGCAAAUAGAUCAUCCAGCGAGUCAUGUGUGGAGUCUUUAACUAUGGACGUCAUCAAAUUCCGGCUGAUCUAGUAGAUUUGCAAGUUCCUUUUUUCCUCCUUUCUCCGGCGGUGCAUAUGACCCUGCAAAAUUGAAUUUGUUGAACUAAACUUAAAAAAUUCAGCCUAGACCUUUCAAGUGUCCAUCGAAACGUCGCCCAUGCGCAA